AUGCAGCCACAACCCCAUCCAGAAUGGGAGCGCAUUAGACCAAGCAAAAGCUCUGUGCCACCCUUCUAUGCCUUUGCAAGAGAAAUCAAGCGAUCUGAACAGGACGACAGACAAUACCGCGUAAUACAACUUGACAACGGGUUACAAGUGACCCUUGUUCAUGACUCCAAAGCUGACAAGGCUGCCGCCAGUCUCGACGUUGCAGUAGGCCACCUCAAUGACCCCGACGAUAUGCCGGGGCUAGCUCACUUUUGCGAGCACCUGUUGUUUAUGGGCACGGAACAAUUUCCUCGAGAAAAUGAAUAUUCAGAAUAUCUCGCAAAAAACAACGGGGCCUCUAAUGCCUACACCUCAACCUCAAACACUAACUACUAUUUCAGUGUUUCGACGCACGCACUUUCCGGAGCACUUGAGCGAUUCGCAAGUUUUUUCCACUCCCCUCUCUUCGAUUCCUCUUGCACUUCUCGAGAGUUGAAUGCUGUGGAUUCUGAACACAGGAAGAAUCAUCAGGCAGAUCUAUGGAGGAUUUUUCAGGUUAACAAACAUUUGAGUAAACCCGGCCACGUCUGGUCUAAGUUUGGAAGCGGGAACAGGGACAGCUUGACGAAAGCGGCAAGGGUGCUCAAAUUGAAUCAAAGACCAUUACGCGAGGAUCCAGUUAACAAAUCGCCCAUUCCUAGCCAAUACUGUGCUAGUAGAAUGAGGUUGUGCAUCAUCGGCAAGGAGUCUUUGGACGAGUUAUCCGAACUUGCAUCUUCUCUGUUUUCUCCUGUUUUGAAUAGAGGACGGGAUCCCCUUCCAAUGAUCGAGGAUCACCCCUUCGGAGAGAACGAGAAGGGUACGCUGGUCUCGGUUCAGACCGUCAUGGCCUUCCACGCCAUGGAAAUAUCAUUCCCACUUGAGUACCAGCCUCCCUUUUGGCGACAGAAGCCUAUCGAUUUCAUCUCUCAUUUUGUUGGACACGAGGGUCCUGGUUCAUUACACUCAUAUCUUAAGAACAAGCACUGGGUUUCAUCCCUCAGCACUGGGCAGCAAAAUCUUGCUAGAGGCUUUGCUAUGUUCAAAAUAACAAUACAUCUGACCAGUGAAGGGUUCAAAAACUACCGAUCUGUCAUCUUGGCAGCCCACAAGUAUCUUGCCCUUUUGCGUUCGUCUGUCUUUGAGCCAUUUCACCAACGUGAACAAGCCACUAUAUUCUCUACGCACUUCCGAUUCAUAGAGAAAAAACGACCCGACAACUAUGCAACAUGGAUAACGGAACAUAUGGCGUGGCCUGUGCCUAGAGAGCUUUUGCUCGCAGGGCCUCAAUUAAUUUUGGAUGAGGGGAAACACAAGGUCCGGGAAUACCUCGAAAGCUUUCGGGUGAGGGAGAGCAGGGUAGUUCUAAUGGCUAAAGCGGAGGAACACGCCAAAGUUCAGCCCGAAUGUCGAUGGGAAAGAGAACCUUGGUAUGGUACCGAAUACAGCGUACAGAAGUUUGACGAAGCUUUUAUCACAGAGGCGGAAAGUCCAAAAAGCCUCCCUGAAUUCUUCCUACCUGGACCCAACGAAUUUAUACCCACGAACCUUGACGUCGAAAAGAAAGAACCUUUGAAACGUCCACAUUUGAUAAGAGAGACUCCGUUAUCUGCUCUGUGGCACAAGAAAGACGACAAGUUUUGGGCCCCAAAAGCCAACGUUAUCAUUGAUAUUCGGAGCCCCCUGGGCAAUGCUUCUGCUCGAGCAUCUGUGCUCACCAGACUCUACUCCGAUAUCGUUAAGGACUCCCUCACUGAGUUCGCAUACGAUGCCGACCUAGCUGGACUAUCGUAUAGUUUCUCACCUCACUCCAUGGGGUUGUACGUCUCCAUGAACGGGUAUAAUGACAAAAUGUCAGUUUUGGUGCGGCACGUGCUGGAGAAAGUGAAAGGGCUGGUUGUGGACCCUCAACGCCUGGCCGUGAUUAAAGAUCAAGCACAACGAGACUGGCAAAACUUUUUUAUGGGUCACUCAUAUUCAAUUUCAGACUAUUACGGCCGCUAUCUCAUGGCAGCGCAACAGUGGACUAUCGAGGAAAAAUUGGCAGAACUACCAUCGGUGACUGCUGAGGAAAUCCAACGCCACAUGAAAGACCUCUUGUCGCAAGUCAAACUAAGGAUACUUGUUGUCGGUAAUAUGUUCAAGGAUGAGGCUAUUGGAAUUGCAGAAAUGGCAGAAGAAGGCCUCGGAGUCUCUCCGACAGCGGAUCUCAAUGAGAAAGCACUUAUCAUGCCAGCUGGCUCUAAUUUCGUGUGGUCCUCACCUCUUCCCAACCCGAAUCAAGCAAACUCGGCUCUAACAUACUAUCUACAUUUCGGAUCCGUUGUUAACCAACGCCUCCGCGUGGUUUCAUCGCUUCUUACGCAAAUCCUCACCGAGCCAACUUUUAACGUUCUACGCACAAAAGAACAGCUUGGCUACAUAGUCUUAUGCUCAAACUGGUCGCUGCCUGGUGCUAGUGAAAAGGGACUAAGAAUUGUUGUCCAAAGUGAAAAGCCACCGCCUUAUCUGGAAAAGCGUGUAGAGGCGUUUCUAGAUUCAAUGCGGUUCAAGAUCGAGGACAUGAGCAUUGAGGAGUUUCAAGGGCAGAAGGAAGGUCUGGAGAAGAAAUGGAUGGAAGCAGACAAGAAUCUGUACGACGAGGCUGGAAGAUACAUGCUACAGAUCAACAGCGGACAUUGGGAUUUCCUAAGGAACGAGGAUGAUGCUGGCCUUUUGAAGAGUAUCACCAAAGAGGAAAUGCUGGAGAUCUUUAUGUCCCAUGUCCACCCCUCAUCUAUCACAAGGUCGAAACUCUCAGUGCAUCUGGUUUCACAGAAACCUCGGCCGAAGAAGAUCAGCAUGGCCGCCGCACAAGGUUUUGAAGCCUUGCUACGCACCACAAUACCAGAAAUAGAGAUAGACAACAAUAUCUCAACAGCGGAUAUUGAGGAUCGACCCACAGUCUUCGACUUUGUCGAUCACUGGAAAGAGAGACUGGAGUCGAUCGAAGCUGGGGACACACUCCUGGCUGCUCUUUCCGACCUCGUAGAGAAAUACCCCGUGGAUGCAGAGCUCGAGAGUUCUGGGGGGCUCGGUGGAACCUCUAUUCAGAACAUCAAAGCAUUCAAAGCAGGUCUUACGAUUUCCGUUGACCCUGGCCCUAUGGUGCAGUGGGGAGAUCUUCCGGUACCUAGAUUCUGA